CACUGGCUGGCGAACGACCCCGCCAGGCAACCUCAAGAACGGGAACCUGGCAACGUGGCCAGGGUUUUACAAAUCCCCAGCCCACGCAACCGGGUCCAAGUCACUGAGCGUUUUGACGAAUUGGCAUGGCCAGAUUUGGGAUCUUUGCCUGUCUGCAUUUUGUGGUCGUUUUUGUCAUUCACUCGAAGCUUUUCUUGCACCUCUCGUCGGUUCUGCUACUUGAAGUCUCUAGAGCAAUCCCAGAUCUAUGGUCCAAACUCGGGUACUCCGUCAUGGUACUAAGCACUCUGCCAACUGACCGUACGCAAAAUGACAACAAGCGUUGGUGGUUGACGAGAAUUUCACGACUCCCUUCUCUUUGCCCCUCCAUUGAUGGGCUUCAGGCCCAAACACGCUGGAGGGCCAGACAUCCCUGCUUUUCCUUGACGAUCCCUGCUUAUCUCUUUAUCAAACACCCGCGCCAUUCCUGAUUUGGCCGCAGAGGAGGGCGGUGAGCUGGAGCGUUAUGCAAAAAGUCGAGUGCUGGCCCGAAUUCACAGUCGCCCAGUCGCCCCUGCAUUGACAGCGUUUUCGUUUUCCUCCAUCAUCACCGUCGGAGACUCGUCCUCGGCAGAGGGGGCCAGUCCCUCGCAACUCGAGUCCUAGACUCCCAGCACCCGAGCAAACUAACGUGUGUGGCAAGUUGAUGGGCUUGUUUGAAUGCGCAAUCCAUUGCCAUGGCCGCCUUGGUGGGGCAGCGGUUGAGCAUUAGGUAGGAUGGCACUGAAUGGGAAAAACAAGCAAUGACAAGUGUCUUCCC